AUGCAGAAAGCGGACGCCGACAUUGACGCACCUACUUCCCAGGAGCAAGUCAUUGACGAUGGCCCGGAAUCACCCGCAGAUGACCAUAUCAACGUUGGGGAGACCGAGGAUGACACUGGCAACGAGGGCGUGUCGGCUCUGCAUGAAUUCCUCAAGGGGAUGAAAGCGGACGAUGAAGAUGCGAGCGGGGAAGUCAAGAGGCUCCGUGAAAUGUUGAGAGAAAGCCGCAAGGCGUAUGUCAACACCAAAGGCCCAGGAGGAGUUGCCUCUCUCCACCUUGCUGCCGAACGAGGGCUUGAAAAGGCUGCCAAGGUACUCAUCGAGGCAAAAGCGAACAUCUCAAUCCAGGACGAGAACUCAUGGCAACCUUUGCAUUACGCCUGCAGGGAGGGGAAACGUAACAUCGCAGAGCUCCUCAUCGAAAAUGGGGCAGAAAUCAAUGCUCAGGAUCGCUGCAAAGAGACUCCACUUCACAAAGCAUGCAAACCGGGGUACACGGACCUGGUGGACCUGCUCCUCAAAAGUGAUGCCAAGAUGGACAUCCCCGAUGAGGAUGGAAUGAUGCCUCUAUACUAUACAGCCAGGUGGGGACAAGGGCCGACAAUGGAAGCUCUCUUGCACAAAGACAAGUCAAACAUCGACUAUGUUGUGCAGGAAGAUAAUGGGUGGACUGCACUCCAUGUUGCCGCCUAUUAUGGUCACGAUGAGAUAGUGGCCAUCCUGCAUGAAGCACAGGCGAAGCAAGAUAUUCGCGACGACGAGGGGUGCACACCAUUGCUGCUAGCCACAACGAAUGGACACGUCGGGGUAAUGAGAAAGCUGCUUUCCGAACCGGAGAAUGGGGGCUCUCAACUAGAGGCUCAGAACAAUAACGGAGACAAGCCACUCUUGUUGGCGGCUGCCUAUGACUUUUCGGCUGGUGUCCACCUCCUGAUUGAGCAUGACGUCGACUGCAACUCACGAAACAAGGCUUCCAUGACACCGAUCAUAGUUGCGAGCCGCUGGCGCAAUCUUAAAGUUGUUUUGGCUCUACUGCAACACGAAAAGCGCACAGAAAUCAACGCCCAAGACGAAAGAAAGCAGACUGCCUUGCAUAAAGCCGCCUCAGGGGGUCACGCCAAGGUCCUUGAGCUCCUCCUGGACAACGAUGCCGAUGUUAGUAUCCCUGACGAUAGAGGACGGCGAGCCUUACAUCUAGCCUGUUUUCAGGGCAACGUGGCCAUUGUGAAAUUGCUUUUGGACCACGCAGGUGGCCAGCAGCUGGAGGCUCAUGAUCAGGAUGGCAUGACACCCCUCCAUAUUGCCUGCAAAGCUAGCGAUGAGGAUGUGGAGCAUACGUCUCUUGACGAUUUGGGCCCAGAUUAUUUGACUGAGAGGGAAAGGUCAAUGCCUGAGUUCAGUUUCGGACGACACAGUGCUGUCGUUGAGCUCCUACUGAGCCGAGGAGCCGAUUUGAAUGCUAAGACGAAUACCGAGGAGACAGUCUUGCGUCUGGCAAUCCAAAGUGGAGAACAUGAAAAGGUGCGACACCUCGUCAAAUACAUGAAGGUAAACGAUGAGGAGGCUCCUUUGUGCUCAACGUUGAACACUUCCGACUCUGGUCAAACCAAUAAGGAUUUCUAUGCCUUGUUAACCUGGGCAGCCGGCGUCUUUGAGAUGCAUUCCGUCGCGAAGUCACUUAUCAGGAAACGUUUCACCAGUUCAACUCUGGUACCACCGAAGUAUGAGAGCGCGAUUGAAUGGGCCGCUUGGGCGGAACUGCCCGAGGUACUUUGGCUUCUCAUUGCCAACUCUCCGUGGGACAAAAAGACGGUGGCCACUAUCAAAUCGUUGGAAACCCCAAAGACCCCUGUGAGUCAGUCGCAACAGAAGGGAGGUGAACAGGACCAGAACUGUGACGAUGCAGACCCUCACAUGGAAGAUCGCUUCACUGUCCAAGACGUCAUCCGGGAUCCCCCUCUUGGGUUGCUACGUAACAUGCAUGCAGACAGCCAAGACUUUGGGCCGCCGACAGUGGAAGACGAGUCGUAUUCCAAUACCCUAAGGCAGUCCGAAGCUGCAGUGUUCCAGUUCUACAAGGGGAAAAGUCGGUUUGGAAGCAUUCGAAGAUACCGGAAUGUGGAAGAAGUCAUCUACACCAAGGGGCCACAAACCAUUACUGAGGCAAUGAUGAAGAAGGUAAAGCUUCACAUCGAGGAUUUGGAACCGAGCUUCACAUGGGUUCACUUGCCAUCUACCAAUAUGGUUUGGAUGAAUGACUUACUGCAGGCAAUCAUGAAGAAGGAGGGCUAUAACGCUGGCCAAUUCCGUCAGGUUAAAGCAUUUCUCAAAGCCAGCUGGGUUCAAGUCCCAGACAAAACUUCCGAGUCGCGGAUUAUGAGGCCCCGAUUUGCGAUAAAGGAUCAUGUGCCAGAAGCAGACGAUGAGACCAAUCAAAUUGGCACUGAGCUGCAAAGCAGCAAGGCCAAAAAGGGCGAGGUCAGAAAAGAGGAGAAGGGAAAAGACGAAAGGUUUACCAAGCGGAAGGAUACGCUGUUCGCCAAAGAAAGGGAGAGAAGAGAUGGGACAAGAGACGAGAUGAAUCAAGAAGAUGGCAUCCAGGCAGCAAAGUCUACAGCCGCAUCAGCCAUCUAUAUCAUCCAUAGGUCUCCGACUUUGGAUGAGUGGUAUUACCAUUUCGAUCUUAGCGACCUCGAAUCGACCAAGGACAAGGACCAGCGUAACGAGUCGCAGGUGGUGCACAAGUACCUGCCAAAAGACGACAAGAAACAGACUCAUUGGCCGUUGAUCCGUGUCAACCAGUUAUGGAUUUGGACCCUUGGCAACAUCGUGGACUACUGCAUUGAGUCCUAUGAGAGACGACCAGAAAGCCCAAAAGGCCUCUUGUCAAUUCGUCAGAUGUUCUCCAAAGCGAUCAACGUUAUAGGUAGAGGCGAAACUAUGCUCUUCAAGGACUUCAGUUCGCUGAUACAACGAUGGAGGGAGCAGAUAGAAGGAAAGGUUGGUCAAGGCAAGAGAUCCAAGCAGGGAAAAGAUGGAAUGCUACAGGAUAAUCACUCUGUCGAAAGUGACCAUGCUGGGGUGUUCCCUGGUGAGACUGACAACGAUGACAAAGGGGGUGGAGAGAUCUCAGCGGAUGAUGAGCUCAGAAAGGCGACCAAGACAGCCCAAGAUCUGUCAAAUGAUAUCAAAGACAUCCGCGAUGAGCUCAAUAUCCUCAAGGCGACAGCUCAGUAUCAACAAGAUGUCCAGGAAGCAUUGUAUGUGAGCCAGGAACGAGUACGGAUAAGCCAGGAAGGAGUUCCUAGCGCGAGCCAGAAGGGAUCGUUGAUGGAACGCAUCCAGAGGCUCCAAGCUAAUCUCAGUGCUACCCAUGUUGUCAACGACAUCAGAGAGAUGGACAGUGUUGCAGAUAGGAUUCAGGCAGCAGUCACAUAG